AGGCAAUAAGUGAUCAGCAACUAAGUGAGUAGGGUCUAGAAGAAGUUAGCAUGUAGUUAAGUGGCUAUCCUGUUGCAUAAAGAACCAACGGUCGUAAGCCACGAGUUACUUUUCCAAUUUUUCUUGCAUAUGAAUUGAGAUUGAACAGUCUUCAUUGAUGAAUAAAGAUGAUGAAAAUGCAGUCUCUUCUUGAUACAGCAUGUGAAGGCCAUGCCCUACGCUCGUAGAGCCACUAAGCCGACUAGUGGGAGCCGCUGCUUUUGACGUAAAUCCUUUUCGCAGAUAUUGUCGCUGCUGAAUACUCUGUGCAGUGCGUCUCACUCACCAAGCACCCAGUAUUUGAAGGCUAAGCAGCCCUCCACGCUCAAGACCACUUUUAGCUCAUCCCGAACACUUCUCACCCUCAAGACCUACUCCUCGCAUCCAAGACCUACUCGUGACAUCCAAGACCUACUCCAAGCAUCAUCCUAGCAUCCAAGACUUGCUCCUAGGAUCAUGUCGGUCACGCUGAAGACCUCAUUGGGGGAGCUGAAGCUUGAGCUUCAUUUUAUGGCAGAAUAUGGACUAUAACUAUGUCAUUAGUGCUGGGAUAAAGUUUUGAGAGUAUCAAGUUUCAUUUUUCGAGAGGUGCGCUCUGCAGCACUUCUCUUCAAUAUGUUUUGAGGGUUAUAAUAUAAUAGCCACUCACUGUUAUGAUAUCCCUUUUCCUUCCUACUGAUGUUGGUCCUGAGCAUCUGCAGUCUUGAGUCCCAGUCUCUACCCUCCUUUAAUGAUCGCGGCAAAGUGCCAAAAGCAUGCAAGAACUUUCUUGCACUCUGCGCUAGCGGCAACUACACGGGAACAACCUUUCACCGGAACAUCAAGCAGUUCAUAAUACAAGGUACUACCUUAAAAGUACUUAUGUCGGAGUCUAAUGUCCUCUUAUACUUGUGACCCCAUUGCCUCUUAUAUGCUUGUCGCCAAAAAAGGAUGAAUCCACUCACUCUCCCAUUUCUGUGACAUCUUCAACUAAAGCCUCCGUAGUUCUAUGCUCACUGUAAACCAAGACGCUGACAGCCGUCUACAUUGUCUACGCUGUUGUAGGCGCGGCAUUCAUAUACUGGUCCAUUCCCCUGACACCCUCAGGUGGUGACACGGAAAAAACGAAUGGGAAAGGAGGUAAGGCGUUGGCAGGUGAAGCCGGCUAUUUGGAGCAUGAGAUAAGGCCAGAGCUAAAGCACGACCGGCGUGGGGUUGUAGCUUUUGCAGAUACAGGAAAAAUGCAGAAAAUUGGCUCGCAGUUCUACAUCACCUAUAAUUAUGAUAAAUAGUCACUAGUGUCAGAUCAAGCAUCAUCAUACCCAUUGUUGUACGUGCGGCAUCAAGUAAACUUUUACCCCUCAUAAUUGCAGAUGCGAAACAAACGAAAAGCGCCUCUUAUUUACACGAAUCUUAGCACGAUGAUGAAGUCCUUGGAACUUCUGAACACACUGCUAAGCCAUCGGAUGAAUGCGCCUUCCUGUUCCAUCCCACAUCCCACAUCCCCUUUCAUCCCAAAUCCUCUUCCAUCUGCAAUCCUCCCUUUUUCUCCCUUUUCCUUGUUCAUAACGAGCGACUCGGCAACUUGGACGGACGAUAUACUGUGAUAGGGAGAGUUAUUGACGGUUUUGAGACCCUGCAAAAAAUGGAGGAAAGUCCGGUUGGCGACGAAAAGAAAGCAAGACCGAUAAAUUAAGGCUUUUUGCUAUCUUCAUUAUCAGCUUAUAAGUUCGUUGCAAUACUAGAUGAAGAUGUAGAUGCAAAUAAGUACUACAAGAAAGAUGUGUGUGGUAGUAGUACUACAAGAUGUGUGUGGUAGUAGUACUACGAGAUGUGUGUGGUAGCAGUGCUACGCAAUGCGUGUGGUGCAACUAGUUAGGCUGUUCUUGGGACAGACAGUUCUUCUCAUGGUCACGUUUAGCAGAAAUUCAACGUGCUCGUGGUGAUCAUGUACAGUUGGCCAUUGCACUUAGUUCAGUUGUAUUUUAGAUUUGAUAAAAACUAGUAGAACUGUAUAUUGCUUUUGUUGACAUGUCUUGACUUCUGAUCUACUCUAAUUCACGGAUAUCGUUAUCGAAGCUGUGGAAAUUCACGCAAACCCUAUCGCGGAUGAAGAAGGGCACUAGAAGCGUUUGCAGGGCAUACGCAACGAUAUCAGGACUGAGAUGAUACCAGGUGGAAAAACGACUAAGUAGAUGAAGGGUCCUAAUCACCCGGCGCGAGACAGAACAUGCCUAGCUGUGAGGUCAUACUCGUUUUACAAGUUCCAUUCUACCUGUCUAGCUGCCACUGUAAUUGCUAACAUUGAAGAUGCCGUGUUGAGAAACGCACCGGAAUAGGAAAUUUGAUCUUGGCUUCUACAUCUUGAACUCCCCCUUUCCUUACCCGCUUCAGACUCACCCCAUGACCCAUGACUUCUGAUCUACUCUAAGAAGCGACGUCACUCACCCAUGGAGAAGCCGUUUCUAGGCAUGCUAUGAAAGAGACCGCGAUAAAUUGUAC